GCGAUUGUAAAUUGUUACCUUACUUUCCUCGAUGUAGGUUAUUCGAUGUACAAACUUUUUGUAACGCGAGUUACAAAACGGAUUUCUCCACAUGAUGUUGUACCAAAGCAAAUAAUUGUUCAACGUUCGAUGCGGUUAUGCUCAUUUUGUAAUUUCUAUCAUGGAAAAAUGACAAGAUAUAUGAAAUAUUAUCAAAUUCGUACAAGUUCCACAACAGUAAAUGUAUUAGGCCAUUCCCUGAUUAAAAAAAAGGUCAAACGAAGAACAAAAAAAUAUACUGAAUUGUUAGCAGUAACAGAUGAAGUGGCAAGUACUAAAAUGACGAAAGUACAUAAGCUAAUGGCUUCAGAUUUAUCUAUGUUUGUUCAUCAGCCUGAUGUUAUCACAAAUAAUACAUACGAUCUUAGAGAUCCUUCAAUUAAUACAGUCUCCGAUUCAAAGAGUAAAACUAAGGAUUGUCAUACUUCAUAUGAUAAUGAAAGUUACUUCAAUAUUCAAGAGGAAAACCAUAUAGAUACAUUAUUUGCAGAAGAAGAAAUGAAGUAUUACAAUAAAGAAAUUUCUGAAAAUUUUAAGAUUAGCCACAGUUCUGUUGAGAAUGAUACACUCUAUGAUACUUCAAUUAAAAAUCCUGAAAUCAUAAAUGAAAAAUUGAAUAAAAUAUUGCAAUCAAAAGUAAACAGAACGUUACCACAAAAACAGGAGUUUUUUAAAAAUAACAGUAAACACACAUUACCUUACAUUGAAAGUCUGUUAGUGCAUAUGCAAGUUUAUUUAAGUUGUGGGUUGCUGAAUAGAACACACAAUACAUUAAUGAAAUACAGAAAGUAUGUAAAAAAUAGGGUAAAACAUUGUGAUGAAUGUGUUGAACUUUAUAACAUAGUUUUGGAAGCUUAUGCUUCUAGAAGGAAAGUUACAAAAGUCUUAGAAUUAUAUGAAAUAUUAAAAAAAGAUUUAUUGAUACCAACAUCACAAACCUAUGUGUAUGUGUUUGAUGUGCUGGGAGGCGAUGUGAUAACAGAUAAACAAAAGGCAUUGUUAACAAAAUUGAGCAGUGAAAUGACUAAUUAUAAUAUAACUUUCAAUGAUUUAUUUAACAAAUCAUAUUUUACAAACAAUCAAAGAGAAAAUGUCCUUAAAUCAAUUAGAGUGUUAAUACCAAACUUUGAACCAUCGUAUGAUUUGCCAAGUACAGAAUAUGCAUGUGGACUUCUGAGUAAAACUUUGACAAAGAAUAAUUAUAGAAGUCCAGUAGAAGGGUUAUUGACAAUAGAAGAAUUAAAAGGUUAUUUAAAAGAGCAAGUUCAAGAUGAAACUGCAAUUGAGGUACAAAUAAAAAGUGUUGAAUCAUCCAGGAAUACAAAUACUUUACAUUCUAAGGAAAAACUCAAUGAAAUGGAAAAUUAUUGGAGAGAUGCAGCAUCAAAAGCUUUUGAAAGGAAUUUAAAGUGUUUAAAAGAAGAGGAAUGUCAAUCUUAUAAUGCUUUAAUGGUUUUACAUCCAUUUUUAGAAGUAUUAGAUAAAGAAGAUUACGUGAAUGCUAUAUUGCGAGAAGUUAGACAAGUAACUCGAGGUUCUGAAGCUUAUAGUACCUCUCUUAAAAUGUUAUACAUUGAUUUAGGAAGAUAUAUUUAUAACAAAUAUGAGAUUCAAACAAAAAAACAAUCUGGAUUGAUGGAUAAAAUGCUCAGUAUUUAUUUGAAAUAUCUUGAUUGGUAUAUGCACCCUGAAAAUAUGACGCAUUUAAAUAAUGCAAAUAAUCGUAUUGUAUGGCAAUACCUUGAACACGAAGAAAUAAAACAUGGCAUAUCUUUAAGUACUAGAUGCUUAAAUUGGCCUAUGGAUGUAAUUAUAAAUGUUGGAAAAUUUUUGUAUAAUAUCAUUUUAAAUGAUUUAAUACUUCAACCUAAUAUAUUGAAAGGACAUGAUUUAAAAUGUUCUAUUCCUGCAUUUUAUACAUUAUUUAGAAAUAAAGGAACUUAUUUAUCAGAACAGAUUAAAUCUCAUCCUUUGGCUUCAAAAUUGUACAAAGAAUCGGAUUUUGAAACAUUAACGUUUAACUCGCAUAUUUUACCAUCUUAUGCUCCACCACGUCCGUGGACUUCCAUACAUAACGGAGGAUACCUUAUAACUAAAACAGACUUUAUGAGAGUCUCAUACACAAAUGCUCCAUGGCGCAAACUUCAAAGUACACCAACAAAACAACUAUAUCCGGUAUUUGAUUCAUUAAAUCAGCUUGGUUCCAUUCCUUGGAAAAUUAAUACUAAUAUACUUGACGUAGUAAUUAAGAUAUUUCAAGAUGGUGGUUCGGAAAAAUUAAAUAUUCCUCAACCAGUUUCUGUAUUACCUUUACCACCUUCGGUGAAUAAAGAUUCUACUUCAGAGGAGAAGCGUAAUGCUGCAAUAGCGAUGGCACAUUACAAACAAAAAAAGUAUGACAUGUAUUCUCUGUGGUGCGAUACUCUUUAUAAACUGUCCAUUGCUAAUCAUCUUAGAAACAAAGUAUUCUGGCUGCCACAUAAUAUGGAUUUUAGAGGAAGAGUUUAUCCAGUUCCUCCCCAUUUACAUCAUCUGACAUCUGAUGUGGGUCGUUCUUUGCUUUUAUUUGCAAAAGGAAAACCUUUAGGUCCUAAUGGAUUGGAAUGGUUAAAAUUACAUGUUAUUAAUUUAACUAAUUUAAAAAAAGGAAGCUCUGUUAAAGAGCGUAUUGAAUAUGCAAAUGAAAAUAUGGAAAGCAUAUUAGACAGUGCUACUAAACCUUUGACGGGUAAUAUGUGGUGGGCAGAGUCUGAAGAACCAUGGCAAACUUUAGCAGGAUGUAUGGAAAUAGCAAAUGCAUUAAAAGCACCAAAUAUAGAAAAAUAUGUGAGUAGGUUUCCAGUACAUCAAGAUGGAAGUUGCAACGGACUUCAGCAUUAUGCAGCACUUGGUAGAGAUGAAAUAGGUGCAAAGAGUGUUAAUUUACAUCCGUUUGAUAUUCCAAAAGAUGUGUAUACCUCAGUCGCUGACAUAAUCGAGAAACAACGACGAAUUGAUGCGGAUAACAAUGUUCAAAUUGCAAAGAUAUUAGAAGGGUUUGUAAAGAGAAAAGUCAUCAAACAAACUGUAAUGACAACAGUAUAUGGAGUAACAAAAUAUGGUGCGAAACAUCAAAUAGCAAGACAACUCCGAGAUAUCAAAGAUUUUCCUCACGAAUAUGUUUGGCCUGCAAGUAUAUACUUAGCUGAAAAUACAUUUCAUAGUUUAAGAACUAUGUUUAAAAGUGCAAGAGAAAUUCAAGAUUGGUUUAUAAACUGUGCUCGAAUUAUUUCAUCUGUCUGUGGUGAAAAUGUGGAAUGGAUUACUCCUUUGGGUCUUCCUAUUGUACAACCUUAUAUCAAACAACAGAAACUUCACAAAACACAUAUCAAAGGCAAUGGAAAACCCGAUAGUUUAAAACAAAAAAAUGCGUUUGCACCAAAUUUCAUACAUUCUCUCGAUUCUUCCCAUAUGAUGCUUACCAGUCUUCAUUGUAAUCAAGAAGAUGUUACGUUUGUCUCAGUACAUGACUGUUUUUGGACUCAUCCUUGUACUGUAAACAUUAUGAAUAAAAUAUGUAGAGAACAAUUUGUUGCCCUUCACUGUGAACCCAUUCUUGAAAAUUUAGCCGAUUAUUUUGUACAAUAUUAUGCACCAAUUUACGAAAAAUUAGGGGCUGAAAACAAAGUUAAUGUACCAAAAAUACGCAAAUGUUUAACUAGCGUACCAUCUAAGGGCAAUUUUGAUAUCAAUAAUGUAUUGUCAUCUGUAUACUUUUUUAACUGAAUUGAAAAUCCUAGAACACUUGAUGUACACGAAUGAUAUAAAUAAAUUGUCAAAAAUUGAAAAAGC